AUGCUUUACACAUGUAAAUAUGAUAAUUGUUCAAAAUCAUAUUAUACAUAUGGUGCUUUGAAGUCACAUUGUAAUAAAUCUCAUCAGUGUAAUGAACGACGCGAACAGUUCAUUAAAGAUCAAAAGAAGAAACAAGAGACAACAAAUACUUAUAGUACCGAUGUCUAUACAUGUACAAAUGAAAUAUUUUAUAGAUCAAAAGAAUUGAAAUUAAGUUCACAUCUUAAAGAGAUAAAAGAAGAGUUGAAUAAUGAUUUGGGUGUGAUUGUAGAUGCACAAUCACAAUCGAAGGGUGCUGAUAACAUCAAGAUCUUCCAAUGUCUACAUGAUAACUGUCAGAGAGAGUACAAAACCGCAAGAAAUGUAAGACGUCAUUGUAAGGACUUUCAUGGAUGUAAAGGCACAUUUGAAGUGUGUCCGAAUGACAGAAGCUACCGACUACGUGGUACAUUCGUUUCUAAAGAAAAAAUUGUAGGUCGUAUCGAAUGUGUGCACACUGAUUGUAACGUGCAACUUACAGACACCAGUCUAUUGAAGAGACACUUGAAGAAAGUUCACCAUUCAUGUGAUUCGGAAUGUAGUUAUUGUACUGAUAAAGAUAAAGUCGAUGAAAAAGAGGAAGAAACUGGUGAUGGAGAUAAGGAAAAAAAGAAGAGUAAUAUGGAAAUUGAAGAAAAGAAAGAAAUAGCCUUAAAAGAUAAUAAUAAUAAUAAUAAUGAUAUACCAACCUCAACCACUACAACAUCAAAUCAAUUGAAUAUAGAAAAGAUAAAACAGGUUAGAAAAAAGAGAAAGGAGAAAGAGAUAGAGAUAGUGAGAGAAAAAGAAAAGGAAAAGGAAUUUGCAAAGAGAAGAGAAGAAGAGAAGGAAAACAAAGAGAAAAACAAAGCCAAAGCCAAAGACAAUGAGAAAGAGAAGAAAGAUAAAGAGAAAGAGAAAGAAAAAGAAAAAGAAAAAGAGAAAGAGAAAGAGAAAGAGAAAGAGAAAGAGAAAGAGAAAGAGAAAGAGAAAGAGAAAGAGAAAGAGAAAGAGAAAGAGAAAGAGAAAGAGAAAGAGAAAGGAAAGGAAAGCUCAAAGAGAAAAGAAAAAAGAUGA